AUGUCCCAGCUUACCACGUCCCUCAAAGAGGCCAGCCUAGUCCCCGGCGCAGCCGCCGCUCUGAUCCCCCCGGCCUUUGCGCCGAGCGUGGACCUGUCCGUGUCCUUUGCGAGUAGCGAAGCCGCGCCGUCGUCGUCGUCGUCGUCGUCCGUGCGGCUCGGUAACCUGCUGCGCGUGUCACAGGUGCAGCGGGAGCCUUCCGUGAGCUUCCAAGUUGAGGCUGGUGCUGCCGCUAACGACGGCUCGUAUCUCUUGAUGCUCGUCGAUCCGGACGCGCCGACGCCCGAGGAUCCCAAGUUUGCGUUUUGGCGGCACUGGGUCGUCUCCGGCCUGAAGCCGCCGAGCUCCUCCUCCUUCUCCUUCUCCUCCAGCCCCGCGUUGUCAUCGUCCGGCACGACCCUGACCGCGUUUCUCGGGCCGGGACCGAAGCCUGAAUCCAACCCCCAUCGAUACCUCUUCCUCCUUUACCGGGAACCCCCCGGCCUCGCCCUCACCCGCGCCGAGGUAGGCGGUGACGCGUUUGUCGAGCGUCGCUCUUUUGACGUCGCCGGCUUCGUCGCCGCGCACGGCCUGCAGCUCGCGGGCGUCAACUGGAUGCUCUGCGCGGCUGACGAGCAGUCGGCGGAAAACGAGUAA